AUGGGAGUCGCAUGGGAUCGCUUAAUUCGCUUCGUGGCCACGGACGGUCGCACCCUCAGGGGCCAGCCCAUCCUGCCAGAGCCUGAUUUUGACCUUGGCAACGUGACCGAGGAGACCAAGCUCCAGGCCAAGGUCAUCGUCGGGGAUGACAUCUACGACGAGGCGGGCAAGACAAAGGUCUCGGACGAGGUGGUUACUGUGGCCAGGCUGCUGGGUCCCCUUGCACAGGACGACGUCGACAUCCUGCGAUGCGUGGGCUU